UUAGCCAGGACUACAGGCAGGGAGCAAGCUUGCUUUUCCUGUUCCUUAUCCAAACUUUUGGUUGUCGCUGGAUUUCCUUUGUAUUUCCCUGUUGAACUUUUUUUGUGCUUUGCUCAAGGGCAGAGGUGCUUCUCCUGUGGCUUCUGGGCUUGUUUGUCCUUUAUUAUUCUUUUUGUGCCUGCACGGGAUUUCUGCUGGGGUUCAGCAUGCACACCAACUGGGGGAAUAAAUCAGCAAGUUUUGCAGCAGUUCCCUGCAGCACAACACUUCACAUGGAAUGUCUGAGGUGCUCUGAGAAACUACUUCCCAAAAUCUGACCUGCUCGGAAAGAGAGUCCCCCCCGGAGCGGUGCGGGCAGAGGCGCAGCAUGCCCAGCGGGGUCACCGAGAAGAACCCCACCAUGGAGCCCGCUGCCACAACGCCCUUCCGCGUCACGGGGUUCCUCAGCCGGCGGCUCAAAGGCUCCAUCAAAAGGACAAAGAGCCAACCGAAGCUUGAUAGGAACAGCAGCUUCCGGCACAUUUUACCUGGCUUCAGGAGUGUGGACAAUGAAAGAUCCCAUCUAAUGCCGAGGCUGAAAGAAUCGCGCUCCCACGAGUCUUUGCUCAGUCCCAGUAGUGCUGUUGAGGCUCUGGAUCUCAGUAUGGAGGAGGAAGUGGUCAUCAAGCCGGUCCACAGUAGCAUCCUGGGACAAGACUAUUGCUUUGAGGUGACGACUUCAUCAGGAAGUAAGUGCUUCUCGUGUCGUUCCGCAGCAGAGCGAGAUAAAUGGAUGGAAAACCUGCGGCGUGCCGUGCACCCAAAUAAGGACAACAGCAGAAGGGUAGAGAAUAUGUUAAAGUUAUGGAUUAUUGAAGCCAAGGACCUGCCAGCUAAGAAGAAAUACUUGUGUGAAUUAUGCCUGGACGACGUUCUUUAUGCACGAACUACCUGUAAAUUGAAAACUGAUAAUGUCUUUUGGGGGGAGCACUUUGAAUUUAAUAACCUCCCAUCGCUCAAAAACAUUACGGUGCACUUAUACAAAGAGACUGACAAGAAGAAGAAGAAGGACAAGACCAACUUCAUUGGGCAGGUGAACAUCCCUGUCAGCUCCGUCACAGGCCGGCAGUUCGUAGAGAAGUGGUACCCAGUGGUGAGCCCCAACCCGGGCAAGGGCAAGUCCCCAGGGCCCAUGAUCCGCAUCAAGUCGCGCUACCAGAGUAUGAGCAUUCUUCCCAUGGAGAUGUACAAAGAGUUUGCUGAGUACAUCACUAACAAUUACAUGGUGCUGUGCUCGGUGCUGGAGCCCUCGCUGAGCGUGAAGAACAAAGAGGAGAUGGCGUCUGCGCUGGUGCACAUCCUGCAGAGCACAGGCAAGGCCAAGGAUUUCUUGACUGACCUGAUGAUGUCUGAAGUUGAUCGCUGUGGUGAGAAUGAGCAUCUCAUUUUCAGGGAGAACACACUGGCCACCAAAGCAAUCGAAGAAUACCUGAAGCUGGUGGGGCAGAAAUACUUGCAAGAUGCCUUAGGGGAAUUUAUCAAGGCACUGUAUGAGUCAGAUGAGAAUUGCGAGGUGGAUCCCAGUAAGUGUUCAUCUUCAGACCUUCCUGAACAUCAGAGCAACCUGAAAAUGUGCUGUGAGCUGGCCUUCUGCAAGAUCAUCAACUCCUACUGUGUCUUCCCAAGGGAGCUCAAGGAAGUUUUUGCCUCAUGGAGGCAAGAAUGCAGCAACCGCGGCCGCCCGGACAUCAGCGAGCGACUGAUCAGUGCCUCCCUGUUCCUGCGGUUCCUGUGCCCCGCCAUCAUGUCCCCGUCCCUCUUCAGCCUCCUGCAGGAGUACCCGGACGACCGCACUGCACGCACUUUGACCCUCAUUGCCAAGGUCACCCAGAACCUCGCCAACUUUGCCAAGUUUGGCAGCAAAGAGGAGUACAUGUCCUUUAUGAACCAGUUCCUGGAACACGAAUGGACUAACAUGCAGAGGUUUCUCCUGGAGAUUUCCAACCCCGAAACCAUCUCAAACACCGCUGGCUUUGAAGGCUACAUUGACCUUGGCCGGGAACUGUCCACUUUGCACUCACUACUCUGGGAAGUCAUUUCUCAACUGGAGCAGAGCACUGCAACGAAGCUUGGGCCUCUGCCUCGGAUCCUGAGGGAUGUCAACUCUGCGCUCAGUAACCCGGCCUGCGUGCAGGUCUCGGUCUCAGCUGAUCACACCGCAUCCACACCCAGUGCUGGCAACAGCAUCUCUGCGGGGCUCCAGAAAAUGGUGAUAGAGAAUGACUUAUCUGGUCUGAUAGAUUUCACACGGUUACCAUCUCCAACCCCUGAAAACAAGGACUUGUUUUUUGUCACAAGGUCUGCUGGGGCCCAGCCCUCGCCUGCCCGAAGCUCCAGUUACUCAGAGGCCAAUGAGCCCGACGUGCAGAUGUCUAAUGGCAGCAAGAGUUUGUCCAUGGUGGACUUGCAGGACAAUCGGCUCUUGGACAGUGGGGCCAACGCGCCCGGCGGGGCUGACUCCCUCAAUGACAGUCAGUCAUCCCUGGGGCAGUUGCAGGGCGUAUGGAGCACACGGACUCAGCAGAACAGCGUCACGGGCAUGGCCACCGUGCGCCGGGUGGGCCAGACCCCGACCACGCCGAGCGGCGAGAGCGCGCCGGGCCGGCCGCAGCUCCUGGCCCCGCUCUCCUUCCAGAACCCCGUCUAUCAGAUGGCAGCGGGGCUGCCGCUGUCCCCGCGCGGCCUGGCCGACUCGGGCUCCGAGUGCCACAGCUCGCUCAGCUCCCACAGCAACAGCGAGGAGCUGACGGCCAACAAGCAUGGCUUCGCCGCGCCCGCCGCCAGCGAGGACUUUGCGCGCCGCACCGGGGAGCUGGCCCGCAGGCAGCUCUCGCUGACCGAGAAGGGUGGGCAGCCCACGGUGCCGCGGCAGAACAGCGCGGGGCCGCAGCGCCGGAUAGACCAGCCCCCGCCGCCGCCACCACCCGCCACCCGCGGCCGCACGCCGCCCUCCCUGCUGAGCACCGUCCAGUACCCGCGGCCCUCCAGCGGCACCAUCAUGUCCUCCUCGCCCGACUGGCCCGGCAGCGGCGCCCGCCUCCGGCAGCAGUCCUCCUCCUCCAAGGGUGACAGCCCCGAGAUGAAGCAGCGCACGAUGCACAAGCAGGCCCCUUCUCCUGUGAACCCCAAUGCCCUGGACCGCACUGCCGCUUGGCUUUUGAAUAUGAACAUGCAGUUUUUAGAAGAUGAAAGCAUUGACCCAGAUUCCAAGCACAGGGAUAAGCUCAGGAAUAAGGACGAGCUCAGCCAAGCAGAAAAGUACCAGCAGGACCUAGUGGUGCUGCAGGACAAGCUGCGCAUUUCCAACAAGAAGCUGGAGGAAUAUGAGACCCGCUUCAAGUGCCAGGAGGAGACGACGCAGAAGCUGAUGCUGGAAUACCAGGCGAGGCUGGAGGAGAGCGAGGAGCGGCUCCGGAGGCAGCAGGAGGAUAAGGAGAUCCAGAUGAAGGGCAUCAUCAGCAGGCUGAUGUCAGUUGAGGAGGAGUUAAAGAAGGACCAUGCAGAAAUGCAGGCUGCUGUGGAUUCCAAGCAGAAGAUUAUCGAUGCACAGGAGAAACGCAUUGCUUCCCUGGAUGCUGCCAACGCACGGUUAAUGAGUGCCCUUACUCAGCUCAAAGAGAGGUACAGCAUGCAGACACGUAAUGGGAUCUCCCCCACAAACCCAACUAAAUUGCAGAUUACAGAGAAUGGCGAAUUCAGAAACAGCAGUAAUUGUUAACCCGCGGAGGGAGCCGCAGGAGGAGGCCACAGAGACCGUGCAGCAGCAGGCGUGAGCUUCAGAGAACGGCUGCUCCCCCUGAGGACCCCGCUCCUUACUGCGGACGGCGCUUGACUGAGCCUCUGUGGGAGAUGCUAAUGCCAGCACAUUGAGGGGACGGAAAGAUCGAGUGUGAGAUGAGUGGCAUAAGGAAAUAACAUAUAUUUGAGCAUUGCUGUCA